AUGACAAACCAACCUGCGACUAACGGUAAGGCUAACAGCGACUAUAGUCUACAGUUGAACCGUUGGCUUCUGAAACCGAUCGGUGCAUGGCCCUCGUCUUCCUCCACCACGAGGCUCGAAAAGAUCUUUUCGUUCGUUCUAAACAUCACCUGCUACAGCUCCUUAGUACUCGCCACGAUUCCCAGCCUGCUACGGAUGCUCCUGGAAGACGAGAGCGUUUACUUGAAAGUGAAGUCACUGGGUCCUGUGAGUCAUUGGAUAGUCAGCAGCAUUAAUUACACGGCCCUGUUGCUGCACAGUAAAAACAUACGACGGUGCGUGGAACACAUGGAGGAUGACUGGCGAACAGUGGCGAAGGAUGAGGAUCAACAGACGAUGAUGAGGAACGCGAAGUUUGGCCGCUACGUGGCGGUUUCGUGCGCCAUUUUCAUGCAGGGUGGCGUUCUCGGAUUUUUCUUCGUGACAGCGUUAAACACGGUGGAGGUCCGAGUUGGAAACGAGACGAGGAUGUUGCACGCGUUGCCCUGUACAGUGUACAAGAAACUGGUAAACGUCGACGAAACUCCAACGAACGAGAUCAUGCUCCUGGUGCAAUUUUGGGCGUCUGUUAUUGCCAACUCUAGUACAGCCAGCAUUUUCAGCCUGGCAGCUGUUCUAGCUGCUCACGCUUGCGGUCAGUUGAACGUGGUUAUGGCAUGGAUCACAGAGUUCGUCAACGAAUCCAGGAAGACAGGUGGUUUUAAAGGGCUCGGAGUUAUCGUGGAACGACACUUGAGAACACUGAAUCUUAUUGGCCAUAUCGAGAAUGUGAUGAAUAAAAUAUACUUUUUGGAGAUGUUCAGAUGUACCAUGAACAUAUGCAACCUUAGCUACUACAUUCUUUCGGAAUGGUCCGAUCAGGAUAUUCAAAAUCUCGCUACCUACAUUAUGAUAUACAUUUCAAUCUGUUUCAACAUAUUCGUGAUAUGUUACAUAGGUGAAAUAUUGACAGAACAGUGCAGGAAAAUUGGUGAAGUAGUUUACAUGACUGACUGGUAUUACUUACCGAGCAAAAUAAUCCUCGACUUGAGUUUGAUCAUCGCGCGAUCAAAUGUGCUCGUCCGUAUCACUGCUGGAAAAUUUGUUGACAUGUCCGUGCACACGUUCGGUGAUGUGGUAAAAACUGGUUUCGCAUAUUUGAAUCUGUUACGACAAAUGACAUGAUUAAAUGUCGCUUUUG